GUUUGGAAAGACACGAUCUUACAGUCGGAUGGUGUCGGGAAUGUUGUUGAUCUGGUUAUGAAUGAAAACGUUGAUGUUAUAUUUGGUUCUCCAUCUUCAAGAGUCACUGUUCCCGCGGCACAUUUGACCUCACAUUGGAAUUUCCCGCACAUUUCCUGGGCUGCCAACAGCUACGAUCUGGCUGACAAAACGCUCUAUACCACCUUUGUUCGGACAAGCGGACCUUUAAGUCAAUCGGGCAGAUCAUUGGUUACAAUGUUUCAAAUAUUUGAUUGGACAACGAUUGGGCUAUUGUAUAUUGAUUAUGGACUCUGUCUAUACAGUGCCAACGGCAUUAAGGACUUUUUUAACGAAGCAAACCUGACAAUAACACAGAGCAUAGCAUAUCCACCAAACGUGUAUUUAGAAACUGCUGUCGUUGAUAAUUAUCUCAAGCUCAUAAAAAGAACCAGUAGAAUAAUAUUUUUGUGUGUCGACGCGGACUUAAGGCGCUUUCUGAUUCGUGCUUGUGUGGUAGGAAUGUGUAACGGGGAAUAUUUAUUUAUCUUUACGGGACUCGACCCACCAACAACGGCACUGUGGAAACAAGGGGAUGCAGAUGAUUCUACUGCGAAAAGAGCGUUUAAAUACUUGUUAUUCGUAACACCGGCCCAAUGGGUUGGAGACGAGGGUAAACAGCGCCUAGAUGCGUUUUCGGUAGAAGUGAUUGAUAGAAUGGCGGAACCUCCCUGGAACAGCACAUACGCUAAGGAUAAUGGCAUAGAGGCAGGAACUGGCGCCCAGAAUUUGUAUGAAGCCAUGUAUCUAUACGGCCUAUGGUUGAAUUAUUCCUCGGAAAAUAAUAUUGAUAAAAGGGACGGUGCGGCAAUGCUACAGUUUACGAAAGAUCUAUCAUUCGAAGGAAUUUCUGGACCAUGCGAUAUGGGCCUUUCUGGAGAUAGAAUACCGUAUUUUUGGAUCUACCAGUUUGUUGGAGUUGAUAAUGAAGCGGAAAUUGUGGCUAUUUCUGAGACCAAACUUAAGAAAAUAAAAGAGAUAACGGGAUUUAGAUGGCACACGGCUGAUGGAAAUCCGCCGGUAGAUAUUCCUAUAUGUGGAUAUUUUGAUGAAAAGUGUCGUGUCGAUGAAACAGACAAUACCGUUAUAAUAGUGUUGGUAUGCAUGUUCGUCAUCAUUUUGGCGUCCGUAGCGUCAGCCACUGUGCUUAUCAUAAGGAGAAAGAAAAUGGAGGAAGAACUGCUACAAAGUAUUUGGAAAGUAAGGUUAGAUGACGUGGAGCUCCAGAAAUCAAAAGCAGCGUUCGGAUCGAGGAUGAAUAUGAAGUCAUUGACGGCUCUACAGGACUCCACCACCAAGGAAAAUGUUUCCUGUACAAGCUCCACAAAUGAUUUAAAUGCUAACACAGAUAUUCUGUUAACGACGGUUGCCCUGUAUAAAGGACAGACUGUGUGUGUGAGAACGGUCCGCAAGCCAUCUGUGUUAUCGAAAGAGGAUCUCUAUGAUCUAAAAGCGAUGCGUGAACUAAAUCAUGACAACAUCAAUCCUUUUCUGGGAGCUUGUUUUGAUACGCCGUCACCAUUCAUGUUAUUUCUGUACUGUCCCAAAGGAAGCCUACAGGAUAUCCUCGAAAACGAUGAAAUAAAACUGGACUCGACUUUUAAAUAUUCUUUAACGAUGGACCUUGUUCAGGGUAUGAUUUACAUACAUAAUUCUAAAUUGAUGGUCCAUGGACGGCUGAAGAGCUCCAACUGUCUCGUGGAUAACAGAUGGACUUUAAAGAUAACCGACUACGGUAUAGAGAAAUUUCUGGACAAACAAGUGAAUGAAAACAUAGAAGACCAUCAGAAAUAUAAAGAAAUGCUGUGGACGGCGCCUGAAUUACUGGCAGAUAGUACCCUACCAAAAAGCAAAGAAGCUGAUGUUUACAGUUUUGGGAUUAUCCUUCAUGAGAUUUCCUACAGAAUGGGACCAUUUUCAGGAAUUGGUCAUAUGACCGCAAAAGACAUCAUUGGACGCGUAAGAAAUAGAGAAAACAAUCCGUGUAGACCGGAAAUAUUUUCCGACCUGGAAGUGGCGUCAGAGGUCAAGAAACUAAUGCAGUUGUGUUGGCUUGACAACGAAAGUGAAAGACCAACAUUCAAUAUCAUAAAAAACUUCAUAAAGAAAAAUAUACAGCACGGAAAGAGUGCUAAUAUUGUGGAUAUUAUAUUGAACCGUCUGGAGAAAUACGCGAGCAAUCUAGAGGAGCUUGUGGACCAGAGGACGCAACAACUCAUGCAGGAAAAACAGAAAACUGAUAAAUUAUUAUAUCGGAUGCUACCUAAAAGCUGUGCUGAUAAGCUGAAAGUCGGCGAUCCUUUGUUGCCGGAAAUGUACGAAUCGGCAACUGUCUUUUUCUCGGACAUCGUUGGUUUUACAACACUUGCUUCUAAAAGUUCUCCGAUGCAAGUCAUUGACCUUUUGAAUGACCUCUACAGCUGUUUUGAUGAUGUUAUUUCAAAGUACGAUGCAUACAAGGUUGAGACGAUAGGAGAUGCGUACCUUGUGGUAAGCGGAAUACCGACAAGGAAUGGAGAUCUACACGCAGGAGUCAUAGCGGAUAUGUCAUUGGAUAUCAUCAAAGAAGCCGGAAAGUUCCGAGUCAAACAUCUACCAGAGGAAGAGGUUCGAGUCCGUAUCGGAAUGCACACUGGUCCAUGUUGUGCCGGUGUCGUCGGACUAUCCAUGCCAAGAUACUGUCUGUUUGGAGACACAGUGAAUACCGCUAGUAGGAUGGAAUCGAACGGCGCAGCCAACAAAGUGCAUCUGAGUGAGGCAACUUAUACAGCAUUACAUUUUCUCGGAGGUUAUGAGACAACAUAUAGAGCUGAAAUACCAAUUAAGGGUAAGGGACUGAUGAGGACGUACUGGUUAGAAAACUCCCUCAACAAGCGAGGGUGCCCUCGGCGUAUCACGAAUACAGGAGUUCCAAAUUUAAUUGAAUAGACACAACUCACCAGCUCAAAAAAUUGUAUUUUGUAGUUUCAUUUUAGAAGUCAAACAUUGUUAUUUCACUGUAGUGUGUAUAUCAUAGUAAGUGAAAAUAUUGUCAGGGGAGGUAAUUAGUAAAAGUAUUAAUUUUUUGGAAUACCUUCUUUUACAAAUAAAUUUUGUCAUACAUUUAGAAAAACAAUGUACGUGUAUUGCAUAUAUUUUAUAUAUAUUGUACCUUAUAAAACAUCUUGACUUGCACCCAUUGGUUUAGCAUAUCAUUUCUUCAUGUUGACAAAUCAUUAAUCAAUAUUUUACUUUCAUUUAGAAAACAAUUCCAGGCAUAAUUUCCCUUUAUAUAAAUGGUAUAUAAUGGUAUAAACACAUGAACCAUUCCCUUAAGAAUAUGUGCAAGGACUGGUGUCUUCUAUACCACGUGACUUUUUAACGACGAAGUAAGAAAGAUUAUUUGUCUAUAUGAACGCUGCAGUCGUAGUUUUAUGAAUGUACACAAAUAGUCCAAUGUAGUUAAAACAUGUUUUGUUGAAACCCAUAUCGGGUCCUGUCAUAGAGUCAUAGGUAAACACUUUCAAUGUCUGAACUUUUGUCAUUAGAGCAUUUCAUAUCUUAAAGGAACUCUACGGAGGUCCAAAACCCUAAAAACACAAUAAAAAUGAAUUUCUUACAGAGAUCAGCUGGAGAAUUUAAAAGAGAAAGAUAUGUAAAAGAUAAUGUAGAAAUAUACUCAAAAAUAAAUUAAAAACAAUUUAAUCAAGCUCGAUUUGAGUGAAAAGCGUUUCAACGCAAUUGUCUGGACCUAUCUACAUCAAAUAAAAUAUUAAUCACAAAAAAUAUGUUCAGUCCUAUCAAGUCAAGAAACCUCAGUGGAGUCCCUUUAACCAAUAGCUAUUUUUAUACCCAGGCAUCUAUUACAAACCCUUUAUCCUGUUUGAUUGCAAUAUGUUAGAAGACACAGUAAAAAAAAUCUUACAUGGGCACGUCCAUUUUUGUCUGUCUGGACAACACGUACCACUCUGGGAAGUUUUCUAUAUGACCUAGCACUGCUCAAAAUGAAUAGUGAUAAAAUGACCCGGAUCGUGACCUGCACUGGUCGCAUGGUAUAAUUUAAUGUGCCCUUACUCCAAACCUUUGUAGGCUAUAUUUUUAAACAUAAAUAUUUUAAAGUUAUAAGAGUGUCACGAUGGUCCUUUCCCUUUUCGUUUUUAUUCACAGGUCACAUUUUGUAUGAUUGUGAUUAUUUCAGGGGAAAAUGUAUUAUUUUAUGGGUUUUUUUUUAUUUUUACCUACGAUUCGUACGUAUAAACCAGUGAAUUUUUUGUUUUGUUUGUCUUCUUUUUUUCCAUCUAACUGCAAAUUUUUUCCUCGUGUUUCUGUCAAGGAUUAUGUUAUGUUUCAUAUUAAAUUAAUUAACAUCAUUCUAUGAAUGUUUAUGUUUAACAGUACUCCGAUUAAAAAGUUUUUUACUGAGAUUUCUUAAUAAGACGAAAAUAACGUGAUUUACGUGCAAAAAAAAAGAGAACGACAUCGGUGAUAAUCGGUAAAUGUUACUGCCGACACUCCUAAACUGACCAUUGUGUAUCAUAUAAAAAAAACUCCUGCCAAACUUGGAUUACUUAGCUACAGACACUUUGGAGUUUUAUGGGACGUUUAUGAGUGGGUUUUUUUACUGUUGGUAGUAAUUCAAAUAGGCAAUUAAGUGUUGAUAUAUGAAUUUAGUUAUCAAACAAAUGUUACGUUACUAAAAUCAGCUCCUAAAUAAUGCUAGGCAUAAGGAUCUGACGGUCAGCAAUAGGUUGUCACCUUCUCCUGAUUUUCAAACAGCCAAUCAUGGGCGAGUUUUCACAAUUUUGAAUGUGAUGCGGUGUCUAAUUUUAACCGCAGGAAAACCAAUACUGAGUAGGUAAUUUUUCACGAUUUCGAGAACAAACAUCGCUUUGUCCAUAUUGCCUGCUUGUAAACUGGCAAUGCAAGCUUACCCAUUAAAAAGUGUGUCUAUUAUUUCCAGUUAACUUGUUUCAAAUAACUUCAAACAUUUUUUUUUCUUACAAAAAAUCAACAAUUUGUUUUACUUCCACGGACAAUGAUUUUUUGAUAUUCGUCUAAUGCCUAUCUUUAAUAACCGGUUUGAUUGCAUGGCUCAAAAUAGCUUUCUCGGGAAAUCCGAAUCAUAAUGAAGGCGAAACAUAUACGGUGGUUAUCAGAUCUACAUGUAAGAAAUAAGUAAAUUUGAACUUUAGUCAGAUUGUGUUGCCAUGUGUUUUCCUACUGACAAAAUAAUGAAAGGGAUAUAACUCGUUUUGAAUAAGUCGUCGAUUGUCUCCCUUAUGUUUAGGAAUUGCAUUGUUAAUUUCUUGUUGAAGAAUUCUAUAUAUUUUAUCACCUUUGUCUUUUUGUUUUA